AAUCACUCCUGGCAGUGCUCAGGAGACCAUUUGGAGUGCCAAAAAUCAAACCCAGGAUAGAUGCAUACAAGGCAAAUGUAUUACCCACUGUACUGUCUCUCCGGCCCCCUGAGUUCUGAACCAAGGACCUCUCCAGAGUGUCCAGACACCAAGAACUGAGAAGAACAGGCCUGUGAAAUGGCCCUGGCUCCAUCAGGAUGAAACUGGCUGUAUCCCAGGGGAGGGGAACCCCACCCCAAGCCCACGUGGGCUGUGGCUGGUAAGCAUGAACCCACCCUUACAGGCUCACAGCCAACACAGUUAGGUGAAACUCUGUGCUGAUAGGACAGUGCCCCAGUGAACAGGGACAGAUGGCUACAGAGAAGUCUCACCUUGGGGGGCCUCUGUCAGGGGUCAGAGGGAGAGCCAUGGGCAGGACAUCUGAGGCAGGCCGGAGGUGGGAGGAGGAUGCAGCAGCACUCAGGAGUCAGCCCCAUAAAACAACACGGUUAUGUGUCACCACCCCCGCCUUUUUCUUGGUUCCUCUCUCCCCAGGUUGCUGGCGUCCCCCCUGGGGAACCAAACUGGGCUGAACAUCAGGUGGCCUGCUUCCCAGCCUCUGACAGAGGACAGGCUGAGUCAGGCGAGUAAGUGGGACAGCCAGCACCCCCACCCUUUGUGAGCCCCACUGAUACAGGACAGCAGGUGGCUUGAAGGGGGCAGGUGACCUGGCAUGGAGAGCCAGGGGAGCCAUGGAGAGAGCCAGUCUGAUCCAGAAGGCCAAGCUGGCAGAGCAGGCCGAGCGCUAUGAGGACAUGGCAGCCUUCAUGAAGAGCGCCGUGGAGAAGGGCGAGGAGCUCUCCUGUGAGGAGCGGAACCUGCUCUCCGUGGCCUACAAGAACAUGGUGGGCGGCCAGCGGGCAGCCUGGAGGGUCCUGUCCAGCAUCGAGCAGAAAAGCCAUGAAGAGGGCUCGGAAGAGAAAGGCCCUGAGGUGCAAGAGUACCGGGAGAAGGUGGAAACGGAGCUGCGGGGCGUGUGUGACACCGUGCUGGGCCUGCUGGACAGCCACCUCAUCAAGGAGGCCGGGGAUGCCGAAAGCCGGGUCUUCUACCUGAAGAUGAAGGGCGACUACUACCGCUACCUGGCCGAGGUGGCCACCGGGGAUGACAAGAAGCGCAUCAUUGACUCAGCCCGCUCUGCCUACCAGGAGGCCAUGGACAUCAGCAAGAAGGAGAUGCCGCCCACCAACCCCAUCCGCCUGGGCCUGGCCCUGAACUUUUCCGUCUUCCACUAUGAGAUCGCCAACAGCCCCGAGGAGGCCAUCUCACUGGCCAAGACCACCUUCGACGAGGCCAUGGCUGACCUGCACACCCUCAGCGAGGACUCCUACAAGGACAGCACCCUCAUCAUGCAGCUGCUGCGAGACAACCUGACGCUGUGGACGGCCGACAACACUGGGGAAGAGGGGGGUGAGGUUCCCGAAGAGCAGCCCCAGAGCUGAGCCCGCCCGCAUCUCCCCGCCCUGCCCUCCCCAGUCCCCCACCCCCGCAGAGAGGACUCAAGGGGUGGGAGGCCCCUGUGUCCUGCUCAGAACCAGCUCCCUGAGCAGGACCGACAGAGCCAAGGCCUCUGGGGCACCGGAGCCCCUUCCUGUGGUGCUCCCAUCCCACCUGAUCCUGCUCUCUGCACCCCAGUCUUGGAGACCCACCCCACAAUCUGGCCACUUCCCCCCAUCUUGACUCCCAUCUGCCUUCGGAUCUUAGGAAUUGAGGAGUGUCCCACCCUUGUGGCUGAGAACUGGGCUGGAGAGUGUGUGUGUGUGUGUGUGUGUGUGUGUGUGUGUGUGUGUGUGUGUGUGUGUGUGUGUGGUGUGUGUGUGAGAGAGAGAGAGAGAGAGAAAGAGAGAGAGAGAGAGAGAGAGAGAGAGAGAGAGGGAGAGGGAGAGCGCUGGAACGAGAGGAAAAGCAUGUCUGCUGGGUGUGGCCGUGUUUCCUCUCAAUAAAGUUCCCUGUGACACUCCUCCUGUCUUUGCCGGUUAUUGGCGGAGGGCUGAGGCUGGGACUGGGGUGUGAUUUACAGAGACCCUGACUUUGGACCUUCCUUUUAGGAUCCUGACCCUCACCUCCCCCGACCGGGGGGCUGG